AUGGCUGCAGCUGAUAAGACCAACAAAGACUCACUGUCAGCUAUUCAAAGCAGCAUCUUCGUUGUGUGUUUGGAUGGAGCGACGCCUACAGUGUCUGAUGAGAUGUAUCACAGCAGUGCUUUCCUCCAGAUUCUGCAUGGAGGAGGCAGCCAGUUGUUCAGUGGAAACCGUUGGUUUGACAAGGGGUUUCAGGUAAUCAUCGGAGAAGACGGGACAUAUGGUCUUACAGGAUCGAAUACCACUGCUGAUGUUACAGUUGGAGCAACCAUCUGUGCGUAUGUUGGAGCAUGCAUGAAAAAGCUGCAUGUGAUGCAGUCUCCAGUGGAGCCUUUGCCCCAGCCCCAGAAACUUCACUUCAACCUCACACCUGAGAUCAAGAAGGACAUUGAGGAGGCCAAGCAGCACAUAGACAGACUGGCCCAGGACCUGGAAAUGAAGACUGUAAUGUUUGACCACUUUGGGAAAAAUGCCAUAAAAGCUCUAAAGAUGAACCCCAAUGCUUUCAUGCAGAUGGCGCUACAGCUGGCCUUCUAUAGAACGUUCCACCAAAUCCAACCAAUGCUGGACGUUAUCACCCUUCGUAUGUUCAGACUGGGCCGGGCAAGUUUUAUUAAUAUAAACACACCUGCCUCGGUUGCCUUUGUCAAGGUCUUUGAUGACCCCGAAACACAGAAGUCAGAAAAGUUUGAUUUACUGGAGAAAGCUAUAAAGGCUCAUGAACACUAUACCGACAUGGCACUGAGAGGCCAGGAUGCAUUCUGCCACUUGCAGGGUCUGAAGAUGCAAGCUCUUGAGGAAAAAAUCUCUGUGCCUGAUAUCUUCACAGACACCUCCUUCCAGAAAGCCUUUGACUACAAAGUCGUUGCAAGUCAGAUUGUACACAGUUCCGGAUGUGUGCUGUGUUUUGGCCCUGAAGGACCCGGACAGUACGUUCUGAUCCACGGUAUUAUGAGUAACCACAUUGAGUUCGUGGUUGCCAGUCUUGAAACCUGCAAAGAAUACAAUGCAGCACAUAUGGCCCAUGCUUUACAGGAUGCACUGUGCGACAUAAGGAACCUGUUGGAACAAACUACAAGAGCCAAAAUUUCCCUGCUUCUCCAGAAGUACGUCCGUGAGCAGAUCCUGUUGGCUGUGGCGGUCAUCGUUAAGAGAGGCUCUUUAGACAAAAGCAUCAACUGUAAAAGCAUCUUUCAUGAGGUCGGGCAGCUCAUCAGCAGCGGGAACACCACAGUGCAAACGCUGGCCUGCUCCAUCCUGACCGCUCUGCUCAGCGAGUUCUCCAGCUCCAGUAAGACCAGCAGCAUCGGACUCAGCAUGGAGUUUCAUGGCAGCUGCAAGCGUCUCUUCCAGGAGGACGGCCUGCGUCAGAUCUUCAUGUUGACCAUGGAAGUGCUGCAGGAGUUCAGCCGCAGAGAAAACCUGAACGCCCAGAUGUCGUCUGUCUUCCAGCGCUACCUGUCUCUGGCAAACCAGGUCCUCUGCUGGAACUUCCUGCCGCCCAAUCAUAUCCUUUCUAUGUCGGAGGCCGACAGGGAGUGUAACACCUCAAAAGACGAACCGAGCGGCAUGCAUGUCAUCUGUCCUCGCCGCCGUCUGUACCCUUCGGCUGUGGUGUCAUCUGGCGGAGGCACGCUUCUCGGGCGUCGGUACGACACCCCGUGUCACUCCACACCGGGCUUGACUCUGCUUGGGGUCGUGGUCAGGCCUCGAGGCUGCGGCGGCAGUCAGGUGCUGUAA